CCCAUUUAGGUUUUCUGAUAUUUAUGCAUCCCUUUCCAAGAAACGCUCUUCUACUCAGCGAGAACGCCGGACCAUUCUCACGAACUCCAAAACACGGCCCUUCUAUGUACGGACACAUCUCGGGGUCGUCAAAAUCAUGGAUAGUUAUAUGUCAGAUUUCAUUAUGCGUCCCGGCAUCGCUAUCUACUCUCUAGUGGGGCUCUUCGACGACCCCAACCUGAGCGAGCAGAACCCCGUGCUCUUCCUCAACCCGGUCACGUCGGCCUUCUGGGUCUUCUACACCGCACAAGUCGCCGGCAACCAGGACAAAGCCAUCAUCCGCUACCGCACCUCCUCAGACCACAGCGCGACCUGGAGCGCGCCGGCCCAGCUCUUCCCCGAGGGCGUCUUCGUCCGCCAGCCCGUCACUGUGCUGCAGGACGGCACCUGGGUGCUCCCCGUGUGGUACUGCCGCACGCCGCCCGGCUUCCGCUGGAACGGCAACGACGAUGUCUCCGUCGUGCGCUGGAGCAAGGACGCGGGCAAGACGUGGGGCGAGACGUACGUGCCCAACUCGGUCGGCUGCGUGCAUAUGAACAUCAAACCCUUAGCAGAUGGGAGUUACAUCGCGUUCUUCCGCUCCCGCUGGCCUGAUAACGUCUGCCGCUCUACUUCUGCGGAUGGCAUGAACUGGGCGGAGCGCGUCGUGACGGACCUACCGAAUCCGAACGCUAGGACGUGUUUUGAUGUCCUGCCGUCCGGGAAGCUGACGAUACGUCAAUGGCCAAAGCGGUCAAGUGCUAUUUUCUAUGAAUUUUGUGUAAUUAGGAGUGUCGCCAGCAAACCAGCCCAAAUCCUGAGCUCAUCGGUAAAGUCACGUGGAUUUUUCCCCUAGUUCCAGAUCUUUCAGAUAUAAAUGCCUGUCUCGCCGUCGUGCAGUCCUAUUUCUUCAUUAGCAAGGAGAGAAGGAAUCAAGUCUUCGAACCCAUGAAGCCACUCAUAUCCAUGAUUGUGCUUUGUCAACUCUCAUUCCGGAACAUUUCCAUGUGCUGGUGGUGGAAGGAUUAACUAAAGCGGUCUGGGACCCUGAUAGCGGAGAAUUUGUUGGUGGGCAGGGAGUACCAGGGAGUAGUGAUGAUGAGCAUCAGAUAUGCGACUGACUUAACAGGUCAUCAAAAGCUGAGCAAGUGCUUAUCGUGGUGUUUGUUUACUGAAGGUGUGAGGGAGCGGGAUAAGGAGUUAGUAGUCAUCACCUAGUGGGUUUGAUGAUAAAGGGGCUGAGAUGCUCCCACAGUCAUUCUAAUUGAAAUGAACGUGAUCGGAGUCGCAACAGGAGACGAGAUAUAUUCAACAGCCACGUGACAUGUCAGAGUUUAGCGAACCACAA